AUGGCUGAGGCCCAUGAAGCCGUUGCAUUUUCAUUUACGGUCGGUCAUGAAGGAUUUAAUGUUGAUGUAAGUUAUGAUGUAUUUAGAGCUCUUUUUUAUGCUGCUUAUCGUUCAUGGAAACUUCGUUGUCGUCGUACAUUAAACUCAUUAUAUAAUUCAUUAUAUCCGGGUCAUCCAUUACGUGGUAUUGCAUCUUGUGGUUUUGUAGCUGGUCUGUAUUUUAAAGGUUAUGAUCCAUCAUUUCAACUAAUUGAUUGGCUUGAAUCAAAUGUAUUUCGACGUUAUUUACAACCACGUAACGGAAAAAUUCUUGCUUGUAUUGUUGUUGGUGGUGGCGCAUAUAUUGUUUUUAUACAAUUGCGACAAUAUACAUUAAAAAAAUUAUUUUCCUACCAUGGUUGGAUGUAUCAAGAACAUGGAAAAGAUAUCGGCUUAGUACCAAAAGUUUGGAGUGUCUUAGUUAAAUUAUGUGUUGGUCAUAAUCCAUCAUUAUUUUCAUGUCAGAAUCUUUUACCAUCAUUACCAUUACCAAGUUUAGAUGAAACAUUACAACGAUAUUUAAGAUCUGUUCGACCAUUAUAUGAGGAUGCUGAAUAUCAACGUAUGGAAAAAUUAGCUGAAGAAUUUAAACAAACAAUCGGAAGAAAAUUACAAAGAUAUUUAUGGCUUAAAUGGCUUAUUUCAACAAAUUAUGUAUCUGAUUGGUGGGAAAAAUUUAUUUAUCUACGUGGUCGUUCACCAAUUAUGGUUAAUAGUAAUUUCUAUGGUCUUGAUGCUAUUUAUAUUCGUCCAACAACAAUUCAAACAGCACGUGCAGCUAAUUUAACUUGUGCAGCUUUUCGAUAUCGUACCGAACUUGAUCAUGAAAAUAUUAAACCUUUAAUGAUACAAAAAUUUGUUCCAUUAUGUUCAAGUCAAUAUGAACGACAAUUUAAUACAGUACGCAUACCUGGCAAAGAAGCAGACAAAAUUAUUCAUUAUUCCGACAGUCAUCAUAUUGCUGUCUAUCAUAAAGGUCGUUGGUAUAAAGUAUUCAUGUUUUAUAAAGAUCAUUUACUUGAACCAUGUGAACUUCAACUUCAAUUAGAUGAAAUCAUUCGUGACACAACUCCACCAGCUUAUGGUGAAGAACACUUAGCAGCAUUAACAGCUGGUGAACGACCAUUAUGGGCUGAAGCACGUGAAACAUUUUUUCGUUCGGGUGUUAACCGUUAUUCACUAGAAGCCAUUGAAAAAGCUGCAUUUGUUCUUAUAUUGGAUGAUGAAGACUUUGACAUUGGAACGAGUAUGACUGGAAAAUUAGAUGAUUAUGCACAUGCUAUUCUUCAUGGCAAAGGAUAUAAUCGUUGGUUUGAUAAAUCAUUUAAUUUUAUUGUUAGCAAAAAUGCUGUGUUUGGCUUCAAUGUUGAACAUAGCUGGGCUGAUGCUCCAAUAACUGGUCAUUUGGCAGAAUAUGUGUUAUCUGAAGAUAUUAUGUAUUAUGGUUAUGAUGAACUUGGUAACACACACGGUACACCACGUUUUACUGCACUUAAACCAAUUAAACUCAAAUGGAAUAUUCCUGAAAAUUGUAAUGUUAUGAUUGAGAGAAGUCUUGCUCAAGCUACAAAAGUAUAUAAUGAUGUUGAUCUUCAUAUUUAUGUUCAAGAUGCUUAUGGCAAAGGUUUUAUGAAAAAACAAAAGUUAUCACCAGAUGCUUAUAUACAAAUGGCACUUCAAUUAGCUCAUUAUCGAGAUUCAGGUCAUUUCAAUUUAACAUAUGAAGCAUCAAUGACACGUCUAUUUCGUGAUGGUCGUACAGAAACUGUUCGCUCAUGCUCAAUUGAAUCAAGUCUUUGGGUUAAAUCUAUGGAAGAUCCGACAGUCACAAAAGCUGAACGUAUAAAAUUACUUCGUGCAGCUUGUGAUUAUCAUCAACAUCAAUAUCGAGAUGCCAUGAGUGGCAAAGGCAUUGAUCGACAUCUAUUUUGUCUAUAUGUGGUAUCGAAAUAUCUUAAUCUUGAUUCACCAUUUCUUCAUCAAGUUCUUCAAGAACCUUGGAAAUUAUCUACCAGUCAGACGCCGACCGUUUAUGAUGAUCAACGUUUAACAAAAUUCAUGAGUCAAAGGUCAGCAUUGGCAGAAAAAAUUGGAUUGGAUAGAGUGAAAAAUAUUGCAGCAGCUGGUGGCGGUUUUGGACCAACGCCUGCUUUCUAUGAAGAACGAUAUCCCCAAUUUGAUCGUCAAAAGAAAGGAGUCAUGGCUGGUGGUGGUUUUGGUCCUGUAGCUGCAGAUGGUUACGGUGUGAGUUAUAUAAUUACUUCGGAAGAUCUUAUAUUCUUUCAUAUUUCAUCGAAUAAAUCAUCACCUGAAACCGAUUCAAUACGGUUUGGUAAGCGUAUUCGACAAGCCAUGGAUGAUAUGCGAGAUUUGUUAGAAGGGCAAUCUAGUAAUGCUAGCUCAGGCGUAAAUGGAAAGAAAUUUUCAAAUGUUGCACCAUCAACUGACCAACCAGCUUAA